AUGUUUGUAACGGGGUUGGUUGCCAUAACCAAGCAAAACGUGACGGUCUCGCAUUCUUCCCGCUACCAUCAUGUCAGUGACUUAGUGUUGAAAAAACUCGCGAACUCCGGUGAAAUGAUCGACUACAAAAGCACCUCAGGAAGUGAUUCCCUCGUCGAGAGAGUGCCCUCCGCCAAUCUCGAUGGCCCGAUUUCGCUCACAUGGUUGUGGGAAAUUAUCGUACGCACAAAACGUCUACCAGAUGAUCUAGACCCGAAAGUCUUAUUCUUUGUCCUCCGAGAUCGCCUAAGAAACCUCGAGCGCGAAGUCCGCCAGCACGCUCUGAGAGUUCUUGCGGAUCUCAUUCCCGUGAUAGACCGAACGCACUUAGAUAAACACAUGGAGUUUCUUCUUCCGGAUUUAAUAGUGAAUUUGUCGCACGUUGCUCCGUCCGUUCGCAAAGGCACGGUGGACGUGCUGCGAAUUUAUCUGAAGAAUAGUCCUCAUCCUAACGAAGUAUUAAAGAAACUGAUGACUGUAGUUCCACAAGAUAGUCACCUCAUGCAAGGGUUACUAAUGGCGGUUCCUUAUUUUUCGAAUUAUCAAAUAGGCGAAGAUACUUUGGUUUUUCUUAUGCGACAGUUGUUUUUGGGUGUGAAUCAGGAAUUUUUACGUGAGACUUCCAUUUGUUCGUUAGUGAAAACUAGGAGUAAGCUUGGGAUAGAACGUUUUAAUAAUUUGAUUGGGUCUGAAAAGGUACAAGAGUUCCAGGAGCUUUGUAAAGAGCACCGUAUACAUUUACCCACUGAAACGAAAGACGAUAAUGUGAUUUUAGAAACUGAGAUUACCUUAGAGACUGGACCGGCAAUAACUAUGAAGAUUCACGAAGAAAGUGAAAAUACGUCGUACGCGGAAAACAGUUUUUCUUCUGAAAGACAAGACCACGACGACUCCGAAACCGAAUUAGUAACUCGAAGCCCUCGCAAAGUCCACUUUGGAGGCGAAGUCGUGAAAAUGCGAACUCCAGAAAGUGACAGCAACCAGAACUCCAGCGACGACAACGACGUCCAAACUUCCGUAAUAAUAGACCGCCCGACUAGCAUCAAAAUCACCGUCAGUGAUAACAUAGCCGCUAUCAAAACGCGCCACAAGAGCAUGAUUCCGGUCCGAAUAACCACCGGAGGCUCCAACCCUCCAACUCCCCGGAAAAAACUUCGACCGAAGAGACUGCACAAAUCAGCUCCCGAUCUUGGAAAGCUGCAAUCCUCCAAGAUACCGCUGCGCCAUGACAGCAAAAGCCCGCCAAAAUUACCCCAGCCUGCACCAAACCAAGAACAACAAGUAAAUUCAUUGCUUCAGAGUGAAAAUGAAAACCCGGGUGGUAGGGUUAGAAAACUCAGUCGGGGUGAAGAUGAAUUUAGCCCGGUUCCUGUCCACAACGAAAUUGAAGUUUUCCAUAAUCUAACCCGAAGCCCGGAGAGGAAAGUAGAAGAUGAUAAGGAAGAUACCAAUAUGGAGGCAGAGGAAGAACCUGAACAAAACACUUACCCGAGUUUUCAGGUGUACAUGGGUGAAGAAAAAGAAGAGAAAACGAGUAAUUUGUCCCCUUUAGAGAUCGUAGUGCGUGAUCUUAGCCAUAAGGAGGACACUUGGAGUAGAACUCGAGCCCUGGACGACCUCAUUACUAUUUUACGGAAAAACUCGAUAAAUUUCGAUAGUGUUUCUCUUCCACAAUUGCUACAGGUGUUGUUUUUGUUUGAGAAACAAGCUCGUCUUCAGUAUCGCGCUCAGGAAGCUCUGGCUUUGAUUAUAUCAACAAUCAGUCCUCAUUUUAUUAAUGAAUUGUACAGUCAACUCUGUAGUGACGUUGUUAAAGUUUUGCCACCACCAGGAGUUCGCCUAUCUCUCCUUCUAAUGAAGCGAAGUUCUCCGAAGAAGUUCUUCGAAUCUGUAACUGUGACACCUAAUGAACGGGAAGCAGUACUACAGGCGUUAAUCGCAGCUGCUAGAACUUUCCCAAGCUCGGAAAUCGAUCUUAAUCGCGGGAUUCAGAUAGCUUUUGAUGCCAUGAAAGACAAUAAGAGAGGUGUCCGACAAGCCGCUUUAGAAGCUCUAGCCAGUUUGGCUCAAGUAGCAGGUAACACCAUGAUCUUACAAGCUGUCAAUGAAAUGUCGAAGAACGACGACGAGUCCAACCAGUUAGUCACAGUCAUACGAACAAGAUUGUCAAGACGGCAGCUACCAACCGUAGAUCUAGACGGCAGCGUGCGCUAUUCAAGCCCUCGAGAGCAAGAAGAGUUCGACUGGCUUUGUGGUGGCGUUCCAAGUCUCCACAAAACCACUUCUCUAAAUUCGAUCAAAGUUCCUUCUAACAACUACUGGAGGCAUAAUUUACGGCACGAAAUUGAUCUACCAGUUAUCAGAAGUCCUUCGGUUUAUGACGACUCGAACAAUGGAAGCAGGGAGCAAAUCUGGGCGGUGGAUGCUUCGAGUUUUCCGAAGAUAGAGAAUGGAGCGAUCGAGAAAGCCACACUUUGCCCGGUUUACGUUCUUCAUCGCGACGCUUCCCAAGUUAACGGAAAGACCUACAGGAAUUACGACAGAGGCAGGUCCAACUCUCCGCCAAGAAGGCGCACCGAAAACCAAGAAACUUUUACUGAUAUUAAUGGAAAUAAGGCCAAAAGAUUUUUUAGACAAGCGGAACAGUUUAGGAAAAGUUUUUCUUCCGAGCACAUUUAUAACGGCAAUGUUAAAAAUUAUGAACCUACUUCGUUUUCGUUGUCUAGUCGUUCUUCUACAACUUCCACAGGUUCUUCAGCCAGAAGUGGGAUUUGGCUGAGGGAGUUUCGAUCAGGCAUUCCAAUUCCCAUUACUUCGGACACCAAGUUGAAAUUUAGGUCACAUAGGCAGUCGUCGGAGGCGUUUUCGGGGCCUCUUAUUGCCCAGGAGCCGAUAAGGACGAAACUUGAAAGUCCGCAGAAUACACCCAUAAUUCGGAGGACGUCGGCUCAACAGUUUACUCAACCGUUGCCGCCUCCGUCUUCGGGGUCUGAAUCUUCGGGGUACUUUACGCCUCCGGCGGAACAUCAUUUGAAGGAUCAGGCGAUUGAGAGGUUCAUUCCGGAUGAGUCGUUUGAAGACAACAAUUUUGGGCUGGCGCCAGAGCCUAACUUUCAAGUGGUGGAGUCGGAGGCUUCGGAAACUCACGAACUUGAAGUUGAGCAACGACAAUCAUCGGCAAGCUCAGCUGAAAGCACGAGCAGAAUCGAAGACGUCCCUUUCGAAGAACCAGAACAACCGAAGGAACCUGAAGAACCCAAGCGCUACAGCCCCUUGGACGAAGUGGACUUCAGCGAAAACCCCCGUUUCACGGAGCCCCGAAGCAAGUCAAGAUCCGAAGGAACUCUGAAAAGCUCUCUCCCCGAAAUCACCGAACGCAAGAACAUCAACUCUGCACCUCCCCUCAAUGACAUCGUCAACUCCGUGCCUUACAGCUUUGAACAAUCCCCCGAAAUUACCCCCAUUAAGACGUCACUGCCAGGAUCAGUGGCCUCUAGCGACACAACGCCGACGAAAAAACACUCGGGUCAAUCGCCAAAGCGAUUAAUGAGGAGAAGCAUUAGCGUGAGGACGCCAUCUGUAAGAAGAGCUAGCAAAUCGCCAAUAAGUGUGAAAUUGGAAGUGAGACCGGUGAGUCGUCCUAAAGAAAUUCUAAAUCAAGGAUUGGCACAGAUGGAGAGCGGUGAUUGGGAAGCUAUAAUGAAGGGUCUGAAUACUUUGAUUCGUCUAGCACGGAACCACCCAGAGGUGAUGGAGCUACAAAUGCACACGAUUUGUGUAGCUCUGGCAAAAAAUAUUCGGAAUUUACGCUCACAGGUGGCUAGGACGGCUUGUCACGCUUCUAGCGAGCUUUUUUCGACGUGCAAAAGGGGUCUCGAAAUGGAAUUGGAAGAGCUUGCAGCUCCACUUUUGCAACGAACCGCUGAUACUAAUAAGUUCCUUCGGAGUGACGCGAAUGCAGCACUAGAUGCUAUGAGUCUCAACAUGUCGGUGCCUCGAGUGGUGGCUGUGGUGACCAACAAAGGAUCGACUCAUCAGAACGGCGUAGUGCGAGCAGUAGCGACUCGUUUACUUAGUGAUAUAGCUAUGAGAAUAGGGCCUGAGAAAGUUUUUCAACUACCUAAAGAAACCAGAGAUAAAUUUUUGAUUGUCGGUGCCAAUGGGUUAAUGGAGGGGAGUCUGGAAACGAGACAGCAUGCCAAAGCUCUGAUGAGCACGUUGGCUGGGCAUCCUCAGUUUCAGAGGGCUUUGAUGGAGGCGGUGCCUCAACACACUAUGAGGCAUAUAGCUAAGGCUAUUAACUCCUUGAAGUAAUUAAGGGGGUAUUUUCAAAUGUGCAGGCACAAAUGAAUAAAGACUUCACUUAUAUUUUGUUAUGGAGAUAUUUGUUGCACUUACUUGCAUCUUCCAUUUUGUUUUUGUUAUGAAGGAUUUGUUUAUAUAUUAUAUCUAUUUCAAAAUCGAAAUUGUAACUGAUAUUUAUUUUAGAUUU